AUGGCUUGGUCCAACGUGGAUCUGGAUCUUUGGAAGGUGAUGAUCAAUGGCAACAGCUUCAGGAAGAUGGUAGAUAGCACAGCCUCGGCCGUGCUGGUGGUGGGGCCGAUGGGUGCGGGAAAGAGCACCACCAUCGCCAUCCAGACGGGUGCCAAGUACGAAGCAGUGAAGGAGGAGGUGCAUGGGAGAUUGAAGAAGGUUUACAGAUGCGUGCAGGCAGACAACAGAAGGCCACAGACCGCGGAUGGCUACACCUCGAAGACCCUCAACAUGGGUUUGUACAUUGCGGAAGAGAGGUUUGGCGGCUACACCUAUCUGGACACGGCGGGUCUGAAUGAAGAUCGUACAGGGACGCAUCGCGCGUGGACCCAGUGGAGUUUGGCUACAAGCUUCUCCCUCUUGCCCAAAAUCACAUCGGUGAUUUUGGUCAUGGAUUUCCGCACCUUGGUGGCAGAACGGGGCCACGGCGUCCGUGCAAUGGCGAGAUCCUUGCUCCCUAUAACGGGCAGUGGACAAGCCUCGAAGCAUUUCUACGACUCCAUGAUCUUCCUGUUCACCAAUGCAUAUGAGGAUGGAGAGCGGGUUGAAGCACAGAGUAUUAUCCAGAUCGCCAAGACACAGUUUUCCGAGCAGAAACAGCUGUUCAAGGUUUUCUGUCAACGUCGCACAGAUGUCGAUGCUCAGGCCAUUGUUGAUGAUCCGGGUUUUGCGGAACACACUGCCCUUCUGACCUUCUUGGAAACACUAUCCGAAGCAACCGGUCGUGUUCACGUGUGCUUCCCAGAUACACCAGAGAAGUCAGACAGACAGCGCGUGGCCGUGCAGAAAAUGAUUGAAGCUUCGAAACCGAUCACCAGACGCGUGCUGGGGGAGAUUGACGACCAACCGGAAAUCUGGAGGUCGGUCGUGCUGCAAAUCUUCGCGAAGCUGGCAACCGAGCCGGACAGCCGCCUGGAUGGGAAAAGCUACACCGAGGUCUUGCAUCAGAGAGCAGACCAUCUGCAGAGGCUUGUGCACCUCAAGGAGAAGCAUAAGGAGAGGCCAUUGACAGUGACUGGCAGUCGGUUCAACGCGACAUGCUCUCUGCGCUUCGUGAGAAGAAGGUAUGAGAUCAAAGGUGGAGACUACAAAGGAGAAGUUCGGAUAGAAGAGCCAGCUAAAGGCGUGCUUAACGUUGACUUCACUUCAACUCCCGGCGUAAACUUGGACGUCACUGUGAGCUUCUAUCGCCCAGAGAAAGACACGGACGAGACCGGGCAACAGGUUGCAUCAUUGGAGCGGCAGGUAGACAGUUUAGCAGCACAGCUCGAGGAGUGUGAGACAAAGAUUUGUUCUUUCACCUGCGCUGACUCUCCAACAAACCUAGCGGCCUUGAUCAUGACGGAGAAAGAUGCUCUGGAGCAAGCGGAUCGAGAUCUGGUGGACAUGCUUGACCGGCCUGCGACACAGCCAACUGACGACUUCCCAAAGCCCCCGUCUCAAUGGAGCGUCAUCACCAACUUCAGGGGUUUCGUGCAGGCCUGGGAUCAAGUGCAGAAGCAUCUGCGAGAGCUCGAGAGAGGUCCUGGAAGCAGCAUCAUCACCUUACGGAAGAGCGACCUCGCGAGUCACCAGUCAGAAGAUGCCCCGCCGGUGAAGCCCAGCUUUCGGGCCAUGGCUCGUGCUUCCAUGGAGACCUUCUGCACAGCAUCGGUCGUCGAUAAGGCCUUCCUCUUCUACGAAGGGCUGAAGCGUCAGCCCGUUGCUCUGGCAGUUGCGCUCUGCACCUAUGGCAUUCUGCUUAAGGUGUGGCCUUUCGACAGCCUGCAGGGUGUCUUCGGGAACAUGCUCCUAGCUCUGUCAGUUUAUGUGCUGGCCUGGCAAAUCUGCAACGUUGGAGUCCACAAGGCAGCUCUCACCGCUGAUAGCGUAGGCCAUCAAGUCGGCAGCUUCAAGCCAUGGCUCGAGGGCCUUGCGAGAGAUGCAGGGGCGGCCACUGGAGAUAUGACCCAGAGCCUGGGAGACCGACUCGCUGCAGCUCUGGACAAGGCAGUUGGCAAUCUGAAAGCCUUGGUCACAGUUUUCUAG